AUGUUCUCACGUCGGGCACACAACCCACUACAUGUGGCGUGUCGUGCUAACGACGUUCGCAUGGUUCCUGUCUUGCUUGAGGCUGGUUUGAACCCCAACUUUCUUGACAAAAUCUCUGGCGCAACUUUUAAUUUGGAGCUUUUGUAUGAGUUGUGCCAACUGCGAGUGACGAAAGUGACGCAUGUAUUGGGGGCACCCUUGCAUGUGGCUGCAUUACACGGUCACACGCAGGUCAUUGAUCUCCUGGUAAAAUAUGGAGCUAACUUGGACAUCAUGGCUCGAUCAAGUUUUUUUUUGCGCUCCAUGCGUGUCACACCAAUCUUUUUAGCAGAUUCAGCCAACGUCGUCGAGUGCCUCAUUCAACACCAAGCCAAUAUCCUGCUGGUUCCAGGAAGUGGAAACGCUGCCAACACAACGGUGCUCCAACGAGCGCAGCUAUCCGGUCGCCGUGAACUAGCGACAUUGCUUGAGGACCCAGACAUAUUGGGUGAGUCUCAACGCGGUGUGCACAGCCGAACACCACUACAUUGGGCAGCUGUGAUGGGAAGACAUCGUGUGAUUAAUGAACUUGUGAAGUGCGGUGCUGAUGCCAAUGCUAAGGAUAGUUAUGGACGAACUCCUCUUCACUGGGCAGCUCGCCAUAACUAUGCUGAAGCAGUUGAAGAGCUUCUUGGUGUAAUCGCCGAUUACUUGCAGCUGGAUCAUGUGCGUCGUCGAGUGUGA